GUGGUGUGGAAAGAUAUUCUUGCUGCUCCUGAGUACCCUUCCCCUGCAAGCAUGAGCCAUGGAUUCCUACUAUUAGUGGCAGCCUUAUGCCUGCCUCACGCGCGAACCAUGACCUCCACCGAGGUUCCUACAAUUAACUCCACAAACGCUUGGAGCACUAAAGGACUUGAGGUCGGUGAACUUUCAAACCCUCAGCCAUUCACAGAGACAACCAAAGAACGGGACAAACAAACAACUCCACGCAUGGAGUCAAACACGUUGAGUUCAACUGCUGUUCUAACAACAUCUAGCUCCAACAGUAAAAAGGAAAGAGUAGGAGCUUCAACAAUGCCAAAUGAAACUAUAGUCAAAGGAAUUACAUCAGGGCCGAUGUUGGAAAUAAAUGACACAUCGACAAAGGGAAGCUUAAGUCAAAGUACAGCCGCCGCCUACGAGACAAGUAGUGUUUCUUCUGUCACACCAGUGACUGGUCUCAAUGAACCAUCAUCUGUUGCUCCCACAAUGGGGCCUAAUAAUAAGCCUGGAGGGAUCAACUCCUCGGCAGAAACAGUGACUGUAGCACAGGUUUAUGGUGAUUCUACUCUUCAAACCUCGACUACGUCUCAGUCCAGCAAAGCGCUGACGAUAUCCGACUUUAUCGCGCCUUUACUGAAUUCAACAGCGAUGGAUACAACAGCAUCCGGCAAUACCCCGUCCUCAUCGGUGCACGAAACUCCCACAUCUGUGACUGAAAAUGGCAAAAUUCUUAACACACCUACAGCCAUUGUGACAUCUUCUGAAGCCACACCUGAAGCCACAAAGGUUACACAUUGCAUCAUUCCAACCAGCAUUCCGCAGUUGAUGCAAACCGACCCUACGUUAUCGUCAACGCAAAGGACGGAAUCUGGUUUGACAGAAAUGGUUACACCGCAAAUGUCAACCGUGGAAUCGACAUACGUAUCACCAACAGCUGAUGGUAUAGGAUCAAUAACCACAACUCUGGAAAAAGCAUUAGCCCCAGCAACAGGAAAUACUAUAAACGCAAUAGAACAAAAGGAAAUACAAACACCAAUUGUGAUAACACAAACUGUAGAAACCGUGUCCACAGCCCCUUCAAAAGAACCUACUAAGCUCAAAAUAGGAUCAAUAACACAAACACAUCCCAGUUCUUUAACACAAAGGGGAUCAGUGACUACAAGAACACAAACUACACAACCUAUGACAACAACAUUCACAACACAAACUAGGUCUACAAUCGCACCGACAGAAUCUAUGACGCCCACAAUAGAAUCAUCAACAACACCAGCACAAGUUAAAGUUGAACCUACACAAUCACAAACGUCAGCAAGAGCUGCAACCUCUGUACCAACCAACUCAGUGACCUCACAAACAUCUGCAUCAUUAACAACAGAGCUACACACAGAUGCAAAACAAACUGCAGAUGGAGGGGUACCAACAGAAUCUAUAACGCCCACAAUAGAAUCAUCAACAACUCCAACACAAAGUACAGCCCCACCAACUCAGAGCAUCACAUUAACGCAGAGUGAAUCAACCACAAAGCAAACUACAUCAAAUAUGCCAACAACAACCUAUCCAACACAAUCUAUUACGCCAACCAAAUCAGAGAGUACACAAACAUCAGCAUCAGCAACAAUAAAGACACGGCUACCGACAUCUGCAAAACAAACUAACCCCUCAAUGGCAAUUCACAGCACAUCUGGUCCAGAUGGAUCAUUACCCACAUCCACAGAAAAUACACCACUUAUGACAGAAACAUUCACAUCGAAAACUGUGUCCACAUCAGCACAAACCCAAUCUACUCCUCCCGCAAUGGAAUCAUCCACAACAACAACAACAACAAAUAGUACAGGAUCUAUUGUUUCAUCACCUCAAGAAACAACACAAACUACAGUUAUAUCCAGACAAACAGCCUCUUCAGCUGUUGCUGCACCAUUUGCAACAACCACAUCAGAGAGUUCACAAACAUCAAAAUCAGUCACAACAGAACCACAAACAGCUGCGGCACAACCUGCUGAAUCCACAUCACUCCCAAGAACUUUAACACAUAGUGGAUCAGUGACUACAAGAACACAAACUACACAACCUAUGACAACAACAUUCACAACACAAACUAGGUCUACAAUCGCACGGACAGAAUCUAUGACGCCCACAAUAGAAUCAUCAACAACACAAGUUAAAGUUGAACCUACACAAUCAGAAACGUCAGCAGGAGCUGCAACCUCUGUACCAACCAACUCAGUGACCUCACAAACAUCUGCAUCAUUAACAACAGAGCUACACACAGGUGCAAAACAAACUGCAGAUGGAGGGGUAGCAACAGAAUCUAUGACGCCCACAAUAGAAUCAUCACUAACUCCAACACAAAGUACGGCUAUUUCUGUUUCAUCAGUAAAAAGACCAACACAAACUCCAGUAGAAACAGUACAAACAACAUCUUUAGAAAAAGCUGCAGCAUCAGCAACAACCAAAUCAGAGUCUUCUCCAACAUCAGCAACAACGGAGCAACUCGCAGCAGCGAAACAAACUGAGGAACCGACUGCAAUAUUCAACCCGUCUACACUCAGUGGAUCAGUGAGCUCAACCACUCAAAGUACACCGACUAUGGAGUCAGCAUUCACAACACAAACCAGAGGAUCUGCGGAGACAGUGUCCACCCUUACAUCAACAAAAUGUAUUCCCCUCUUAAUGAAAAAAUCAACAAAACCAGCACAAGUUACGGGUGAAUCUACACAAUCAGAAACGUCAGCAGGAGCUGCAACCUCUGUACCAACCAACUCAGUGACUUCACAAACAUCUGCAUCAUUAACAACAGAGCUACACACAGGUACCAAACAAACUGCAGAUGGAGGGGUACCAACAGAAUCUAUGACGCCCACAAUAGAAUCAUCACUAACUCCAACACAAAGUACAGCCCCACCAACUCAGAGCAUCACAUUAACGCAGAGUGAAUCAACCACAAAGCAAACUACAUCAAAUAUGCCAACAACAACCUAUCCAACGCAAUCUAUUCCGCCAACCAAAUCAGAGAGUACACAAACAUCAGCAUCAGCAACAAUAACAACACAGCUACCGACAUCUGCAAAACAAACUAACCCCUCAAUGGCAAUUCACAGCACAUCUGGUCCUAGUGGAUCAUUACCCACAUCCACAGGAAAUACACCACUUAUGACAGAAACAUUCACAUCGAAAACUGUGUCCACAUCAGCACAAACCCAAUCUACUCCUCCCGCAAUGGAAUCAUCCACAACAACAACAAAUAGUACAGGAUCUAUUGUUUCAUCACCUCAAGAAACAACACAAACUACAGUUAUAUCCAGACAAACAGCCUCUUCAGCUGUUGUUGCACCAUUUGCAACAACCACAUCAGAGAGUUCACAAACAUCAAAAUCAGUCACAACAGAACCACAAACAGCUGCAGCACAACCUGCUGAAUCCACAUCACUCCCAAGCACUUUAACACAUAGUGGAUCAGUGACUACAAGAACACAAACUACACAACCUAUGACAACAACAUUCACAACACAAACUAGGUCUACAAUCGCACCGACAGAAUCUAUGACGCCCACAAACGAAUCAUCAACAACACCAGUUAAAGUUGAACCUACACAAUCAGAAACGUCAGCAGGAGCUGCAACCUCUGUACCAACCAACUCAGUGACCUCACAAACAUCUGCAUCAUUAACAACAGAGCUACACACAGGUGCAAAACAAACUGCAGAUGGAGGGGUAGCAACAGAAUCUUUAACGCCCACAAUAGAAUCAUCACUAACUCCAACACAAAGUACAGCUAUUUCUGUUUCAUCAGCAAAAAGACCAACACAAACUCCAGUAGAAACAGUACAAACAACAUCUUUAGAAAAAGCUGCAGCAUCAGCAACAACCAAAUCAGAGUCUUCUCCAACAUCAGCAACAACGGAGCAACUCGCAGCAGCGAAACAAACUGAGGAACCGACUGCAAUAUUCAACCCGUCUACACUCAGUGGAUCAGUGACUACAAUAACACAAAAUAUACCCACGUUUACAACAGUAUUCACAAAACAAACUUUGGCCACAACCAAAUCAACACAACCGACUCCACCCACAAUGGAUCCAGCAACGACAACUACACAAAACACACCACGACAGAGUACGGUUGCAACCAAACAAUCGGCAACUUCAACAGGAGCUGCACCAUCUGCGACAACCAAAAGGCAAACACAAACAGCAGCAACAGCAGCAGCAGCAGCAUUAACAACACUGCAGCCCACGGAUGCACAACAAACCGCUGAGUCGAGGGCAAACAAAACGUCCAAUUCCCUGAAUGCAUCACGACAGCAAGUUGAUCCUAACUCUGUUCCCUCAUCCGGAGGAAAUAUAGUAUUUUUCAAAUAUAGCCCCCAAACUGCUGCUGUCAGGCCCCUUGACUUUGAUUACCCAUCCGUCAUCUGGACCACAUUCCAAGUUACAGCGUCUGAAGACAACAGAUCAGAUCAGAUCAACACAAGUCAGAUUCCCACAUUUCUCCCAGAAGUGUGAACAAUGGUUUUGCCGUUAAAUAGACUCAACUGCUUAAAGCGCUUUACACCACACGUCUACAUUCACCCCUUCAGGCUCACAUUCAUGUCAUGCAAUGUGUCACCUGCCCAUCAGGAUCUAAUCCAAACAACAUUUAUAUUGUACAUGAACACACACACUGGCAAGUAGGCGGCAUCCCGGCCUUUCGGUGUCUUUCCCAAGGGUCCGGAGGAGCUGGGAUUUGAAUCAGCGACGGUCAAAUCAGAAGAAACCUAUGGCUGAGAUCCUGAGUUUGAGUCUAGACCCAGCCACACUGGUGUCAUGCUUAAGAAGAAUGUUUGCCAACAACGAUGGAUUUCCCGACAACAAUCCUAACAAAUCGUGUCAACGCAUGUUCCAACUUGCUACUUUACGCCGUAGAUUAAGCAUCAUGUCAUGUAUAUAACGUCACUGAUACACGUGAGGCUUCUCACACUGAAUGUGAGUCGUCUUUGUUCAGCUGAUUUAUAGCUCAUAUGGUGGUGUUUUGCUCUCAUUUGACCCUCAUUGGUCUCUAAAAGUUACACAAAUUAAUAUUCCCAAAACGUGCUAAUAACACAUUUUACACAUCCAUUUGUUUUUUGUUUAAAGAUUUAUUCCAUUGUAUUUUAAUUUGUUGUUUGUCUUUGUUUCUGGGUUUUAUUGCCACUUUUGUACAAAGAAAAGUUUUUUUUUUCAAUUAUCACUGUGUGUAAUGUAAUGAAAUCAACACAAUGUUUUACAGAAAGGAAAUACCUUUGUUACUUUAACAAAUAAAUAAGA